AUGUUGAAAGACUUUGUACAGGAGCAUUCUUCUUUACCUACUGCAGCUUACCCUAUUCGAGGUUUCAUUCACUUUCUUCGUCAUCCUCGUCGUCAUGCAGGCCCCAUCUUCAUCUCCAUUAUUAAAGUCAUUGCUACAAGCUCAUUAUUUGUAAUCCCACUUUACAAAUAUGGCUAUAGAUUUCAGAAUUCGUUAUUAGUCAAAAUCUAUAAUAGUCUCUUCUUAUCUAAUGGGUUUUCAUCUUCAAUAAAAUCAAAUAUCCUAAUCAAUAUUACAAGUCUGCUCCUUUGUUUUAUUGAAACAUCUGCUAUCACCCUACAAAUAAGUAGUCAUUUUGUUGGAGAUAUUCGAGCUAGAUUAUUUGACUCUGUUUUGAAAGAAAGAAAUGGUUUACCAACAACAACAAAGUCUAAAGGUGAUGACGUAGCUGUUAUUUCAGAAAAAGUAAGUGGUAUCAACAGCAGUAGCAGCUCUCAUCAGCGUAAUUUACAACAACAUCCUUAUCGACAUUUUCUUUCUCCUUAUAAUAUUAUGAUUAUGAGUGCUCAACAAGAUGAUUCAUGGUCUAUAUUCUUUUUAAGAUCUGCGUUAUUUGUUUUGACUCUACCCUUAAAUGUUGUACCUAUCUUGGGCCCUUUAUCCUUUAUCUCAAUCCAAGCCUUGUUCCGUGGUGGUAUGGCUCAUCGACGUUAUUUUCAAUUAUAUAACUGGACUCCUGAACAACGUCAACAUCGAAUUGAAACUUAUUUCUGGCAAUAUCAACGAUUUGGACUUGUAGCAACAGUUAUGGAAAUGAUCCCCAUUGCUGGAUAUGUGUUCAUGUACACAAAUCAAAUCGGGGCUGCAAUGUGGGCUAUGGAUUUACACGAUAAAAAAUUACUCGAGCCAAAGAAAGAAUAG